AUGCCAGGACCAAAUGAAAAAGCUACACCAUGCUUUGAGAGUUCCUCAGAUCCCGAGAAACUUGAGCACUUCUUCUUGAGAUUAGAAGACCUCUUUGACAAGUGUGUGGUCAAUGAUGAUGAGGAGAAAAAGAAAGCAGCGAUAUCUUAUACAGAUAUCAAGACAGAGCGCCAGUGGAAAGUGCUUUCUAGCUUUGCUGCUGGUGAAAAAUAUGAUGACUUUAAAUCUGAAGACAGUGAUAGAGAUGCAAUGUUAGAACUCAAAAGGCUAGUACAUCAUUAUGAUAUAGCCCAGAUUAAUGAUAAGAUAGAAGAGCAUGGUGUGAAACAGGAAGAGAUCAGGAGUGUGCUUGCUGUCAUGAAGGAUUUAAUGGAACAGCAGACCUCUGCAAGUGAUAAAAGGCUCAUGAGCUUAGAAAAAGCUAUGAUGGAGAACCAGAAGAGUCUCAUGAUGUUCAUGCAGCAGCAGGCUAACAGAAUGCAAGCACCAGCAUAUAAUUUAGGCCCAGAGGUGAUGGGAUAUGGACAGAAUUACUUGUAUGGAGGAGAGGUACCCAAAGAUAUUAGAGAGCAAUAUGUGAAGGAGCACAUUGAUGAAUACUAUGCAUGCAUGAAAGCUGGCAAGUUGCAGAGCCAGAAUAUGGUGAUAAAUGCUACAGACACUCCAGAGCUGUUCCAUGUCCCAGGGAGUUAUAGUGUGCUAUUGCAAGAAAAACAGGAACUGGAGUGCCAGGUGUUUGCAAUGAGAAUGCAGCAGACUCACAAUAAGGGGCCACCACCUGAUGAACCAGUGGAGCAAGAACCAUCAGAUGAGGACAGGGAGCAGGGUCAGAUUCACCAUCACCCCCAGAGGAUGUAA